CGAGCCGUGAACGUGUUAAUUUACGUGCUGAUAAACACGUGCUUAUCAAUCGAAAUAUUAUCAAGUAUUUAUUUGAAUAACCUGUUAGAAUCCAACUACUAUUGUGAUACUAUUAAUAAUCAUCAUUGUUUCUUAUGAUAAAAAUACUAAGACAAUUAUAAUUACCUUGUUUUCAUUUCACAUUAAAUAUUGAUAUUAUUUUACAUUUAUUAUUAUCAAACUACUUCUUUGAUUGUCUGAGUUAAUAAAUUUCUAAGUGUUUUUUAUUUAAUUAAACGAGUGUGAUUUAAUUGAAAGUUUAUUCGAAAUGUUGGAAAGUGAUCAUGAAGCAAAAGUGAGGUUAAGACGGACUAAAAGUGUCACUCGUGCCGAGGAGAUUCAGAGAUUGGAUUAUAUGAUGAGGAAAUCACAGCCAGAUAAACCUUGCCAUAAACCACGAGAUAGCCUCUUUUCCUGGAGUUCCGGCUUUAACAACUUCACAGGAUUCAUCAACUGGGGCUUCCUUCUUCUUGGGCUCGGUGGUGUUCGAUUAUUGCUUGAAAACUUCAUAAAAUAUGGAAUAAGAGUAGACCCGUGGGAAUGGUAUUUAUUCCUCAGUGGAAAAAAUGAUGGCAGUGAGGAGCAUCCAUCUAUUCUAUUGAUUUGCUAUUCUAUGGUACCUGUAACUAUGUGCCUUCUUAUAGAAAAGGGUCUUGCCUUGGACAUAAUCGAGCAUGGUCCAGGAACAGUCUUCCACGUAAUCAAUCUGGUGGUGAUGGUGAUGAUGCCGAUGGUAAUUAUACACGUCAAGGGUUCCGGAUUUAGUUUGAUUGGUGCUCUCUAUGUCUCCAUGCUCUACGCAGUGCUUUUCCUCAAACUCUGGUCCUACGUCCAAGUCAAUAUGUGGUGUCGUCUGAGCCAAAAAAAUCACUCGUCUCAAAAUAGAAUACGAAGACAAUCUCUAUCCUACAAUGAUUUGCAAUCAUCAUCUGUCCAUCAGAAUGACAAUGAUGAGGAUAUUCUUCAUGAUGGCACUGGUAUUCCAGUUCUAGUUAAAUAUCCAGAUAAUCUCAAUAUCCGUGAUCUCAUAUACUUCCUGUUGGCACCAACGCUCUGUUAUGAAUUGAAUUUCCCUCGAACAGAGAGAAUUCGUAAAAGAUUCCUGAUGAAAAGAAUCUUUGAAGUAUUCGUGGGAUGUCAAGUAGUAAUGUCUCUUUGUCAGCAGUGGAUGAUCCCAUCAGUUAAAAACUCUCUAAUUCCCUUCACAAACAUGGACGUCGCAAAAGCUGCAGAGAGACUUUUAAAAUUAGCAAUCCCUAAUCACUUGAUGUGGCUGUGUUUCUUCUAUCUGGUGUUUCACUCGUGCUUUAACUUGAUAGGAGAACUUUUACACUUUGCUGACAGAAACUUUUAUGGUGAUUGGUGGAAUGCAAACAACAUCGACACAUUCUGGAGAACGUGGAACAUGGCUGUACACCGUUGGGCUGUAAGACACCUCUACAUACCAAUCGUUGAGAUGGGCUAUUCGAGGACAGUAGCAAGUGUUACAGUAUUUUUUUUCAGCGCAUUUUUCCAUGAGUACCUUGUUAGCAUUCCUCUCCAAACAUUCAAAAUUUGGGCCUUCAUGGGAAUGAUGUCUCAGAUACCAUUGUCAAUCAUCAGCAAACGUGUAGAGAAUAGAUUUGGUGCAAGGUGGGGCAACAUAGUCGUCUGGUCGAGCUUGAUAAUCGGUCAGCCCCUCUGUAUCAUGGUCUAUUAUCAUGACUAUGUUGUCACACAUUUCGGCGAGACACUCCUGGAAGAUCACUCUGUUGUUUGAGGGCUGACAUUCAUAAUAUUAUGUUAUGGCAUUGCCAAUUGUGUUAUUGUGAUGAUAAUAAAAGGAUUAAAUUUUACAUUUAAUAAAAUAAUUACAUAGAAGGUAA